AAAGUUCCUUGUCUUUGACUAGAGACCAACGCGCGGAAGGGCGGACGAUAGCAGCACCUACUGCUGUUAUUAGCCUUCACAUCUCAAUGAACUGUUGUCAAAGAAUGCACUGAUCAUGCCCACUGCUUUUGCAGGGCAAAAAUAUUGAUCAGUGUUAGAAUAGUGCAUUUUUUCUUAUGAGAUUAUUUUUCAUAGAUUUUUAUUUGUAGGUAGAUAUUUUCCCACCAUGGUGCUAGGAAAGGUAAAGAGCUUCACCGUAAGCUACGACUGUCUCAAUGACAGCAAUGUCCCCGUUUUCGCAAGCGGGGAUUCCGUCUCAGGUAGGGUUAUCAUCGAAGUCACCGGAGAAAUCCGUGUGAAAUCUCUUAAAAUUCAAGCAAAGGGAUUUGCAAAAGUUCGUUGGACUGAAUCCCGAAAUGCUGGAUCUAACACUGCCUAUACGCAAAAUUACACAGAAGAAGUGGAAUAUCUAAACCAUAAAGACAUCCUAAUUGGACAUGAAAGAGAUGAGGACAACUCAGAAGAAGGACUCACCACUAUCCAUUCAGGAAGACACGAGUAUGCAUUCAGCCUUGAGCUUCCACAGACACCUCUGGCUACCUCGUUGGAAGGGAAGCACGGCAGCGUGCGUUACUGGGUGAAGGCCGAGCUACACAGGCCAUGGUUUCUGCCCAUGAAGACCAAGAAAGAAUUUACAGUGUUUGAACACAUCGACAUAAACACUCCUUUACUCCUGUCACCCCAGGCAGGUACGAAAGACAAGACUUUAUGCUGCUGGUUCUGCACCUCAGGUCCAAUCUCCUUAAGUGCCAAAAUCGAAAGGAAGGGAUAUACCCCAGGAGAGUCAAUUCAGAUCUUUGCCGAGAUCGAGAAUUGUUCCUCUCGCAUGGUCGUGCCAAAGGCAGCCAUUUACCAAACACAGACCUUCAAAGCCAAAGGUAAACUGAAGGAGGUCAAACAGCUGGUGGCCAACCUCCGAGGGGAGUCGCUGUCCUCGGGCAAGACGGAGACGUGGAGUGGCAAAAUGCUGAAGAUCCCCCCCGUCUCUCCCUCCAUCUUGAACUGCAGCAUCAUCCGAGUGCAGUAUUCUCUCAUGGUGUACGUGGACAUCCCCGGAGCCAUGAACCUGUCUCUGAACCUGCCACUGAUCAUCGGCACCAUCCCGCUGCACCCCGUCGGCAGCCGCACCUCCAGUGUCAGCAGCCAGUGCAGCAUGACCAUGAGCUGGCUAGGCAUGACCCUGCCAGAGCGCCCUGAAGCCCCACCAAGCUAUGCCGAGAUCAUGACAGAGGAGCAGAGACGGAGCCUGGAGGUGACCUCAGCCAGGGAUGAGUUGGAGGGAUCACUCUUUGCCUACAUCCAGGAGUUCCGCUUCCAGCCCCCUCCUCUCUACUCUGAGGUUGAUCCCAAUCCUGAUCAAGCCAGCCGGACAGAGGAGAGGAGAUCUGACACCUGUCCAUCACGCUGAAGGAAACUCAGAGCCCCGCCCGGAGAUGUUUCGGGCGUUUCUAGUCGGCUCUGUUUUUGUUUUAUCCCCCCCAGCGACAGUGUUCGCAUGCCGCCGUCGAUGUUGAGAGAAAACAAAACAAAGAAACAAACAUGGGUGAUACCACGGUUGAACGAAGCCCCUCCCACAGAGAGAGGCACAGGAAGUCAGUACAGGAAGACUUCCUGGCAGCCUGCCUGGCCGGGGCAUGGCUAGACAAACACACACCUGACCUGUGUAAAAAGAAACCCCUGUAGUGGAGACCGCCUUGGUGGUGUGAUGAUGCCGUGCCAGGGCCCUGUCUGCCUAUAGCUCUUAAUAUCCUGCUUUGUUCUGUAACCAUGGCAUACAGACAUGGCUCUCACACAGAGCAGAACUGUCAUGUCGAAAUCUGAGCAGAAAAAAAAGAAGAAACAGGAAGAAGAGAAAACAAUAUAAGCACCACUGUCUGGAGAGCUGAGCAGCAGAGAGACAACCUUUUUCCUGUCUGAAGAGCUUAGCAGCAGAGAGACUACCUUCUUCCUGUCUGAAGAGCUCAGCAGCAGAGAGACUACCUUCUUCCUGUCUGAAGAGCUCAGCAGCAGAGAGACUACCCUCCACCUGUCUGAAGAGCUGAGCAGCAGAGAGACUACCCUCCACCUGUCUGAAGAGCUUAGCAGCAGAGAGACUACCCUCCACCUGUCUGAAGAGCUCAGCAGCAGAGAGACUACCCUCCUCCUGUCUGAAGAGCUCAGCAGCAGAGAGACUACACUCCACCUGUCUGAAGAGCUCAUCAGCAGAGAGACUACCCUCCACCUGUCUGAAGAGCUCAUCAGCAGAGAGACUACCCUCUUCCUGUCUGAAGAGCUCAUCAGCAGAGAGACUACCCUCCUGUCUCAUGAGGGAUUUUUGCACAUGUUAUUCUUGGCUUAAGUUGUGUAGUUCUGUUUUGAAGAAGAAAAAAUGAUCCCUAAUGUUUUUUUCAGCCUAGUAACAUGCUGGACGAAAGAGACUGCAGGCUUAACGCCUAGACUCCUUAUCCGCACAACUUCGAACAACGCAGAGAACAUAGAUACUUGGGGGAACGCAAGACUGAAAAGGACAGAAACAAUGCACUGACCUUGUUUAAUCUGUUUUAAGAUGUUCUUUUUCUUGGUCACAUUUCCUUAAUGACGUGUAGACAGGACUUGAAAGCAGCAGCACACUCUCCAUUCAAAGGCUAUUUUUCAAUGUCUCCUCAGUUGGCUUCCUUUUUACUUUACUAGAUUCUGUCUUUUGAUUUAGUUCCCAACUUAGAAUGCCUUCGAUCCGAUCAUAUGUUGCUUUGUGUUUAUGUUGCACUGUGUUCUGGAGUAGAGGAGCCUCAGGCCAGCACUUUGCCACUCAAGUAGAGCAUUAGAUGCAGAGACUUGUCAGUGUGUGUAUGUGUAUGCGUGCGUGUGGAACAUAUUAGAAUGCCCAUCCUCAGUGUCCCCGUCCCUCUACUCACAGCACAGAGCGACUCAGGCUUACAUACUGGCAAAAAAAACACUGUAAUAGGUGGUCUUCUCACUUGGCAAAAAAACCCAAGAUGUUUUAAUUGCACUGUUUGAAAUAGUAAAAGGAGGAUUUCUCAUAUUUUAAAAUAGUAUAUUACCAAAACAAGAGAGAAGAGGAAUACACAGAGCAGCAAGAUAGCUACCGAAGACCAACAACAUUCCCUUUUUGUCCUACUUCACUUGCCGACUUCAUUUUCCAGACCAGUGAAGACUGAAAUGCUAGAAUUAUAUAUCUAAAAAAGUAAGAGCACAUGGUAUGAUCUGCUUCUAAAAAUGGGGCAGAUGCAAACCCAGCCUGGCAAACUGCUGGGGAAUAAUGGAGGCUGGUGGGAGGAGCUAUAGGAGGAUGGGCUCGUUGUAAUGGCUGGAAUUAAUGGAAGGGUAUCAAACAUAUAGAAACCACAUGUUUGACCCCGUUCUUUUAUUCCAUUCCAGCCAUUAUAAUAAACCCCUCCUAUUGUUCCUCCCACCAGCCUCCACUAUGUUAGAUGUUGCUAAAGCUCCACUCAAACUGGCCAGAACAAAUAGUGGUAGGUUGACAUGAGUAAUACAUUGGUUUUCAAACUCAUUCAACACCUAGACCAGCUAGACCAGAGCUCUGGCAUCGUCUUAAAGAGGCACUUUUUGACAAUAAAAACAAAUAACCUAGCAUCGAUGGUGGGAGGUCUGUACAAAGUCUGGUAACACAUAAUACUUUCUGAUGAGAAAUGUAGUCAAGCAGUGUUGUGAUGGACAUGAAUGCAUUAUUUCAUCUUCUAAGAUUAGAGACUUUUUAAAAAAAAGUUGACAGUUUUGAAUAAGUUGACACAAGCGUGUAUGUUAUGUUUUUGUGCUCUGUUAAGAUCCAGCUAGCAAAUAUAAGGAUACUGCUUACAGUAACAACAAACUAGGAAUUCAAGUGAUCUUAUCUUAGUGGCCUUGACACAGAUCUGACCUAAUUAUGAUGCUUCAUUAUCGAAUGUCUAAACAAUUUACAACCUUACCCUUUUUUUUUCUCUGUUCUGUGUCUGUAUGUAUUAGUCAUUUUAAGUUUGUAAAAGGAACAAAAAGGGAAUAAAAAAAAUAGUCCGUAAAAGAAAUGACGAUCCCUGGACGAGCCUUUUUCAUUGUGCAUUUGUCUGAACGUCUUUACUGAUGGCUUGGCUAGAUAAUGUACUAGGGUAUUGAUGGUUUGUUUUCCAGUCAGACCACCCCAUUUAGUUCUACUCACCUCUCAGCUUCAUGGAACAGCUGUGGAUCAGCAACCUUCCCUCCCCCACUGAGAAUGAAUCAGCUAACAAGUGGAAUAGAUCGAUAUUCUAAGAUAAAAUCCCUCUCACUUAUUUAUUUUUUAUUUAUUUUUUUGCUGUGAUUUUUAUCUUAGGGAAUCUGUAUCAAGUUAAAAGAAAAAUGAAUAAGCUUAAAUCAGUUUCAGGUUGGUCGAUUCUAUAGUCCGUUGUUUGGUGUAGUCAGUCCAGUGUUAAGUGAGGAAUCAAAAUGCUAAGAAUGGGAAAGUGGAUCUAAAAUGUUUUAGAAACAAAGUGCAAUAUUACUCAUUUGAAUGUGUUUUAUUCUCUAUUUGUAAGUCUAAUUUCUCCUUUGUCUUUACAGUUUGUUGGGCAUGAUCGUCUCUAGAUAUUGUAUGAAUAUCCCGAAUGAUUGUAACCAUUUUGUCUAGUUAUUCUUUUGAGUUUAAUAAACUUUUGUAAAAAAUCA